UCAGUUUAUCGUUUUAGUCGCUAUUGAACAGGUUUGAAGCUCUCCUGACUCUCUUCGCUGCAUCAAAAGCCGAAACCCACAGUUGAGUCUUAUGAGAAGUCGUCCAUAUACAAUCUAAUCACUUGGUGUGUGGACUCUUGAACUAAAAACUCCACUCGUCAAUAUCGCGUAGUUCAGUGUCAUCAGUAUUUGUGAUAAAGUGCAUUACACUCGUCAAGUUAUCAAGUUCUGAAUGUCUGUUUCUCACUGUGCUUUUUUACCAAGAGUAAGUUGAAUCGACGAAUAAACUCAUAAACUGUAAUUAAUCCAAGUUUUAUGAUUUUUCUAAUCUCACAAAAUAUAGCUCAGCUAGGCCUAGUAUAUGAUGGAAUUUGACUAUACAAUAUAUGAAUGUCAUUAAUUUAAUUUCACUUCCUCAUAAUGAUAAUCUACAAAAAACAACGAACAUGAAGAAUUGUCACAGAAUGUAAUUUUCUCUCUAGACUAUGGGAACUGCUUUAUCAAAGUACAGUACCUACUUUAAAUGAAAUACAAUCGAAUAUAUUGAUAAACAUCUAUAAUGCAAAAGUGAAUCUAGAAAUAAACAUUAUAUAAGAAGUAUUCAAUGUUAUUGAUUGUAGUGAGAUGCUUGAUUGUGAAGUGAAUGUGUUAAACAACAGAACAGUGGAGUGAACUUUUAAUUGAAAGGGGGAAAUGGCCGAUAGUGAACGGGAUUCAUUGCAUCAAGAUGCGGGGAAGUCAAGUGAAAGUGAUAAAGAUUUAGUGGUGUCUCCCUCUCCGGUUAUCGAGUGUCAGCAGUGUAUUUCAGGGGAGAAAAUUGACAGUGAAGUUGGAUGUGCCAUCGGUGUCGACGUUCCCGAUGAGGAUUUCGAGAAGCAGCUGCAGCUGCAGCAAGAGCUGGCCUACCAUCAGCAGCAGAGUCAACAUAGUCACCAUCAGCAUCACGGAAUCAUUUCAUCCAUUCUCAAGCCGAUAAGAAAAAUUUCACCGGGUUUAAUGCCGCCUGGAUCACCAGGAAUUUUUCGUAGAAAAUCGUCUACUGGCGAUGUACCGCCUUUGAGUUCAGCUGCAAAAUCAAGUACGUCCGAUGACCUCCAUAAUAAGAUGGCGGCACCAGCUCCAUCGGCUACUGUUGUUCCGUGGUCAAAUACGAAAGACGAUUACGAAUUGAAAGAAGUAAUAGGUGUUGGAGCUACUGCGGUUGUACACGGUGCUUUCUGCAAACCUAGACAAGAAAAAUGUGCAAUAAAAAAGAUAAAUUUAGAAAAAUGGAAUACGAGUAUGGAUGAAUUGCUGAAAGAAAUUCAAGCAAUGUCAUCAUGUAACCAUGAAAACGUUGUAACAUAUCAUACAAGCUUCGUUGUGAAAGAUGAGCUCUGGCUAGUAUUACGCUUACUUGAAGGAGGUUCGUUAUUAGACAUAAUCAAACACAAGAUGCGAACUUCCAACUGUCGGAAUGGAGUUUUUGAUGAAGCCACCAUUGCAACUGUAUUAAAAGAAGUAUUAAAAGGAUUAGAAUAUUUCCAUUCGAAUGGUCAGAUUCAUAGAGACAUCAAAGCAGGAAACAUUUUACUGGGAGAUGAUGGUGCAGUGCAGAUCGCUGACUUCGGAGUGAGUGCGUGGCUGGCCACAGGUCGCGACCUCUCGCGUCAAAAAGUGCGCCACACCUUCGUGGGAACUCCGUGCUGGAUGGCACCUGAAGUCAUGGAACAGGAUCACGGGUACGACUUCAAAGCAGACAUCUGGUCAUUCGGAAUCACAGCUAUUGAAAUGGCGACAGGCACAGCUCCCUACCACAAGUACCCGCCCAUGAAAGUGCUCAUGCUGACCCUGCAGAAUGACCCGCCAACAUUGGACACUGGUGCCGAAGACCGCGAUCAGUACAAAACCUACGGCAAGACCUUCAGGAAAAUGAUCAUCGAUUGCUUACAGAAAGAUCCUACAAAAAGGCCUUCAGCGGGAGAGCUGCUCAAACAUCCUUUCUUCAAAAAAGCCAAGGACAAGAAGUAUCUGCAGCAGACAUUGGUUGCUAAUGGACCGAGCCUCGAAACAAGAGUGCUAAAGGCUUCAAAACGACAGCCAGGAGCGUCUGGAAGAUUGCACAGAACUGUGGCUGGAGAGUGGGUGUGGUCAUCCGAAGACGAAGAUGAAAGCAACCGGUCCUCUGACGAAGAAGGCAAUGAGAAACCGAUGAAUAAUUUGGAAGCAGAUAAUUCGUCAGGCAGUGAAAAGGACCUGACAGAGAUUGGAAUUCCCAAUUCCAACUCAGCUCCCGUUAAUCUCGUAUUGAGAAUGAGGAACUCGAAAAGAGAACUGAAUGACAUCAGGUUCGAGUUUGCCGUUGGCAAGGAUAGCGCUGAAGGGAUUGCGUCAGAGUUGGUUGGAGCAUCAUUAGUCGACGGCCGAGAUAUCGUCGUCAUAGCUGCCAAUCUCCAGAAGCUCAUUGACAGCCAAGGAAAACUAAAAACUGUUACAUUUCCUCUGAACUCAGGAUACGCCAGCAAUGAAACUCCCGAUGACAGAGCUCUUAUCGGCUUUGCUCAGAUUUCAAUUACAGACUAGAAGCAAUUAUUGUGAUUUCAACCAACAAUCAAAUUUGAUCAGUUAAGCUUGUUAGAUCAUAGAAUACUCAACUUCUUCAUUCAAUUAAAACACCGCUGCAGUCAAAUUAAAUGAAUGUAGUUUAUAAUAUCAACCUUAUUUAGUUACUAGAAAGUAUUACUGUUCAUCUGUAGUUGCAAUUCUUCAUCUAUGAACUCUGUAUUUUCUCAUUUUGAAUUAAAACUUUGUUCUCUGAUCAAAUUUAUUUAUGUAACGGGUUAUAAAUUUUAAAAUUAACUGACCACUAUUUGCGACAAUAAUAUGAAGCGAAUAAAAUGUAUGAAUAACGGUCUGAAUUUUGUAUGUCAAAUGUGUGUGAUUGACCACAAAGUGGUUGCUUGUUAUUUUCAUAAACUAAUGUAAAGUAUGCUUUCUGAUGUAAUUUUUUAUUUCAUAGCCCAAGUCUAAUAUCCAUAAUGAAAUAUAUUUCAGUAUUCUCUCUCAUAUUCUCUUUUCAGAUGUAUAGGCGUUUAGUGUUAUGGAAAUAUUUCUUUAAAACAUCUCCCAAUACAAUUUGACUCUAGAGUUUUUGAAAUUCAAUGACCUAAAAUAAUAAUUGAAUUGAUUGAAUUAGUUAGUACUAACUCACCAAAUUUCAAUAAUAUCCUAUGAGUUUUAUAGUUUUAAGAUAUCUUAUUUUUUCCUCUUUCUGCAGAACUAUCAGUAUCUAAUAUUAUUAUUGUGUUUGAAAUGUAGUAUAUAUUCAGUGUUAAUUGUUAUUUUAUAAUAUUUAAUUUGUACAUAACUACGUUGAAACAUUCAUGGAAUGAUCAAUAAAAAUGUUUACUUAGUUUCCAUAUUAAAUGGAGUCACCAUUUGAGUCAAGAAUAUUAUAAUAAUGUCAAUUGUUAGCUGUUUGAGAUUGAAUCUGUAAUCGAUUUUAUAAUCACAAACAUUCAGAUUCGAAACAGAUUCAAAAACUGGUGCUAAUAUUAGCAACAACUGUAAUCAAAAUAAAUAAUAUUUUUUCUUAGGGUUACCCAGAGUACAGAAGAAAUCUAAAUUGAAUAUCUUGUUUUGGAUGAUACCUUGAUUCUCAUGAUAGAAAUUGAUUUUAUAAUAUUUUUCAAAUCUUAUAUCACUUGUUUAUCUUUUUUUCAAGUAUAAUAAAUUUAUGAUUUUUAUUUCAAUAUUCAGUUAAAAUUUAUAUCAUGAAAUAGAAUAUAAUAUUCAUUUGAUCAAAAUUGCUAUAUGUUCAUGACACGAAAAUGGUAAUCGAUAAUGCAUUGAAUGCAGCAACUUGAUAGUAAUCUGUUGAUAAUACAUAAUUUCUAUAUUAUUAAUUUAUUCAAAACCCCUUUUCUAAUAUCAAAUUAUCACAUUCUAAAUUUGCAGGAAUAAACUUUAUCUUGAAAAUUUCCAACUUCGAAUCAAUUUUAUAUAAGUUUAUCAUCUGAACAAAACAAACCGUUUUUUCUCUCUAGAAUUUUAUCUAUUUUCCUAUUGAACAACUCUCAAUUAUUAUAAUUUUAUGAAAUAUUUGAACCAUUCCCAGUUGGACUAGUUUUCUCUGAUUUAAUUAUUCCGUUACAUUUUCGAUUCUCUCAAUUCCAAUGUUGAAGACAUUGAAUCAUUUUGAAUCGUAUUUAUAUUCCAAUUUAUAAUUUUUAGAUGAGCAAAUAGUUUCCUCGAUCAAACUUCAUUCCCCUUAUUUCUACAAUAAAUUUGGCUGAAUGUUUCUAGAUUCAAUGAAACUACUCAAUAAUAAUAAUUAUUUAUAAACUAUUUAUUCAUAUUAAUAUAAAGAGUAGUUUUAGUUGAACAUUUAGUUUAUAUCAUUAGUUAUCAUCUAACCUCAAUAUGUUGUAGUCUACUAGCCAAAAUUAUUAUUUAUAUUUACAUUAUUUGAUUGUUAUUGGGCUUUUCAGUGUUUCUGUAGUGGACAUUAACUAGUUGACUCGUAAUUAGAUUUGUUUUGUGAAUUAAUGUAUUUUCUUAGAAUAUUUCAAUUCGUAAUGCCUAUCAUUCUUACAUUCUUGAUAAAUCAAAGCUAGCAUAAAGUGCCAAUUUAAUAUUAUUACAUUGUUAACAAUUCAACUUUGAAUUAUUCAAAUACUUCAUGCAUAUCAUGAUCACAACAUUUUAUGUGAGGCAUUUUAUUGUUAUACUUUGAAAUCUUUACAAAAAGCUUUCUACCCAAGAGACAUUCUUUGCUACUUGUAAAGGCUUGAUAUUGUUACCUCCUAAUACUGAACCAUGUCCGCACAAUUUUCUUUGUUAUAUCUAAUUGAAAAGAGUGUCUUUAUAACUAUUAACGAUAAUAUUAUAAACAAUGUUUCGUAAAUGUAUAUGAAUUUUGCCUCAUUGGAUGUACAAUUUUGAAUCUUUUCUCAGAUUUUGAGGUUCUUAUAUGAGUUAUAAAAUGUAGGGUACCUAGUGCCUUUUAAUAACAAGGAAUUUUAUGAAAUUACUAAAUUAAUGGUGCCAUAAUAGCAAUUUCAAUUUCUAAUUUUAUUAGAUGAAACGAUAUGAUAGUUUUUCAAGUCAGGUACAUUAAUGUGAAUCUGUCAAUUUGUUUCAGAUAUAUAUUUCCAGUAAAAUUGUAUUUCAAUCUAGAAUAGAUGGAAAGUUCCUUUCUCUUUUUUAGGUACAUAAAAUUGCAUGUUAGAUAUUAAUAAAUUGCAUUAGUGUUAUGCUAUUGCAUAGCUAUAUUCAUUAAAAUUAUAGGUACGCUUUCCUAGAUUAAGUUCAUUUGUUGGAAACUACUGUCAAGUUUAAGAACUGCCUGUGUACUUAAUAAAUGGGAAUAAACGCCA